CAGCUGCUGACCCCCCCUCUCUCCCUCCCUCUCUCUCUCUCUUUUUCUCUCUCUCUCUCUCUUCAAAAACCCUCCCCAACAACCCAGCCCUAUCCUGCCCAAUCGUGCCUCUUCCACACACACACACACGCUUCCACACAGAGCAAGAGGAGGAGGGAGGGAGCACAGAGGAGCAGAAAGGAAAGGAGGGAAGAGGAGGACAGGAGAAGACGCUUCCCCCGUGCCUAUGGAUCAUGUUUCGCGGCGGUGGGCUCGGGAGGAGGUAGCAUAGGGAGAAGAGGAGGGCUUUAUUAAUCCUUUAGCGCUACUGUUAUUCUCUGCCUGCCCGUUUAGCCGUAGCCUCCCUGCAGCUCCUCCGCUGCCGCCGCCGCUGAUGCUGAUGUUCUAACGCCGCUCUCAGAUCAGUCUCAGCUUCGGCUUCAGCCUGCCUCCAUCGAUUUUUUUUAGCUCGAUCCGAGUAAACGCUGCUCGUACAGAAGAAUAAAAGGACGUUGGAAGUUUCUUCAGACCCCUGCUUAGGAAUCUCAGGCAUGGGAAUAAUGCUGAGCUGAGAAGAGGAGAGGAAAAAGAAGAAAAAGAUAGAGAAGUGCAAGAGGAGAAGCAUAAACCCAAGCAAAUCAAAUACAAAGCAAAAAAAAGACAUAACGCGAGAGGAGAGGAAAGCGUGAAGAGCAAAAAACCCUGAAAUGAAGAAACCUCAGCUCACAGCAGCUCAAGAAAGAAGGUUUCUCCAAAUCCUCCACAAACGCAGCCUAUACUAAAACAGAGAAAUGAACCCUAAGUGACUGGAAACACCCUAAGUGACGGUGCCAAGAGAAGAGGAGGGGGGUGUAUUAUAUCCUCGGGUUCGGAGCUUCUGGAGCUUCUCUUGAGUAGAGUGAUGGCGUGCAAACACCAUCUACAGGACCGACUACAGAUACAGACACUAACAGCACCAACUAACAGCCUCCAUUCUCUCUCGGUCUGCCAGCGACAGCGAUAACGGAGUCUCUGGUCUGAGGAAGCAGCCGUCCUUCAGAAGGGAACUGCCCUGAAGCAAGACCGCCUGUCACUGGAGAGAGUCAGAGCAGCGUGUCCCAGCAAUCCUCAUGGGCAGUAUGUCAUCCCCCUUCUAGCUCCACCAGGGGCCUGAACACACCCAUCUGCCAGCUCAGAUAACCCUUGGGCUGCUCACAACACAUGUUUGACUUGAUUGGAUGUGACCGCCGCGCUUUCCCGAGCAGCCUCUAUCUGCAUCAUGCAGUGGCGACGGCGACACUGCUGCCCCAUCAAGAUGACCUGGAAUGUCAAGCGGUCACUCUUCCGCACGCACGUCGUGGGCCUACUGUCGCUGGCCUUGCUCUUCACCAUCUUCCUCUUCUUCAGCCACCAAGACUGGCUGUCCAGCCGGCCGGGAUUCAGAGAGAACCCUGUAGCCUACACGAUACGGGGCUUGCGUCCCCUCAAGGAACGCACCGAGGGCAACCAAAGCUCCCUGCGAAGCCUCUUGAGGGAGCCUGUUUUCUUUUCUCACAAACCCUCCAUGAACUUCAGCUCUCACCAAGCUGAGACUGCUGCCCAAGGAAUGGUAGGACUGGAGAUCUCUCUAAGCACCAACAACACGAACACCAACAGCUUGCACCAGGAAAUGGGGGUGGGAGGGCAGCUGGUUGCUCAGCCGUACCGCUAUAAGCUCAAUGAGCCUUACAAAUGUAGAGACAGCAGCCCUUUUCUAAUUCUGCUUAUUGCAGCAGAGCCGGGGCAGGUAGAGGCCAGGAACGCCAUUAGGCAAACAUGGGGGAACGAGAGCGUGGCCAUGGGCUUGGGCUUCGUGCGGCUUUUUCUGCUUGGCAUGGGGAGCAGCACUAACAGCUACCCUCAGAGCGCCAUUGAAGAGGAAAGCCUCCAGAACCACGACAUCAUACAGCAGGAGUACAUGGACACCUACUACAACCUGACCAUCAAGACCCUGAUGGGCAUGAACUGGGUCGCCGAGCACUGCCCGCACGCAAACUACGUCAUGAAGACAGACAGCGACAUGUUUGUCAACACCGUGUAUUUAAUCCAAAAGCUGCUGAAGCCAGAGUUGCCACCUCGACACAACUACUUCACAGGCUACCUAAUGCGAGGGUACGCUCCCAAUCGCAACAAAGACAGCAAGUGGUACAUGCCUCCCGAGCUCUACUCAAGCGAGAGGUACCCCAUCUUCUGCUCGGGGACGGGCUACGUGUUCUCGGGAGACAUGGCGGCAAAGAUAUACCAGGCUUCGUUGAGUAUACGCCGUUUACACCUGGAGGACGUCUACGUGGGGAUCUGCUUGGCCAAACUGCGCAUUGAUCCGGCGCCGCCACCAAACGAGUUCCUCUUCAACCACUGGAGAGUGUCCUACUCCAGCUGCAAAUACAGUCACCUGAUCACUUCACACCAGUUCCAGCCAAGCGAACUUAUAAAGUACUGGAACCACUUGCAGAGCAACAAGCACAACGCUUGCAUUAACACGGAAAAGGGCGGCAGGCUGCGUCACAGGAAGCUGCACUGGGAAAGACUUCGAUGAUGACUGCAAAGCCAGGGCUCAGGGUGCAGAAGUAUAUUAGAAGCAUGUGUGAAACUCAGCACUACACUGAUUAUAGGUAACUGCACAAUGUUUUUUUGGUAUUGUGUACAGUUAAUUAAAACUAUUUUUUUAAUUUGAGAGAUGUUCUGUAUUGUAAAAUCUGUCCAACUCUUUUUAAAAAGGGAACUAAGCUACAUGUUUAUGUGCAAUAUAUAGCAUGCACAAAAAGACAAGUUUCAGGUGCCAAUAAAAAUAUACGGUGACAGGUCGUCACUUUCUCCAAAUCAUACACAGAAUGUUAUCAUUACGGGGCCAAUUUGAUCAUACUGUUUCUACAGUAGCCAUGAAAACAAACGAUUAAGAUAUAUGAAGGUAUAUUCUUAAUUUGACACCUUUAUUUCUUUCUAUAUGCUGUCAUUAACAAAGAUACUGUAUACACCCCAACUUACUUUAAAGAUACCAAAUGAUCUUUAUUAUUUCAAUUUACCUAGACCUCCAAGUUGUUUACAAGAAGAAAAAAAACAACCAAAUCACAUACUAUGUGUAGAAUCAAAAGAGAAUAUAUAUAUAUAUAUAUAUACAAAGUAUAAGUACCAUCAGUACUGUUACAGAUUAUUAAGAUUGUAUUUUUCAAAGCUUUACAUUGACUUAUUAUAGGUCUGCCCUUCGUGUGGGCAGAAAGAAACUUAUUUAUUAAAUGUAUUUCCUUCU